UUUUCACAAGGAGAACAGAUAGGUUGCUUCACGAACUGAUCAUGUUCAUCUGAGAGUUGCGAUUAGCUUGCAACAGACUAUUUUGAGCGUUUUGGAAGGUGUUUUUUGUUGACGUGUUUUGUGAAGUCGGCUGUCCGCGUGUAUUACGUCAAAAUGCCGAAAGGAGGAAAGAAAGGUGGCCAUAAAGGUCGUAUGAGGACAUACACAAGUCCAGAUGAGAUUGAUGCUCAGAUGAAAGCUGAAAAAGAAAGAAAGAAGAGAGAAGAAGAAGAAGGGGCAUCAAAUGAUAACUUGGCAGAGGAGAAACUCCAGGGAUCUGGCUCUGAAGAGAGUGAUGAUGAAGGAAGUCAGAAAAGAAAGGGCGUAGAGGGCUUAAUAGAAAUCCAGAACCCCAACCGCGCGGCACAGAAAACAAAGAAAGUGGCUGAUAUAGAGCUGGAAGGGCCACCACAACUUUCAAGAAGAGAAAGGGAAGAAAUAGAGAAGCAGCAAGCCAAAGAGAGGUAUAUGAAAAUGCAUUUAGCGGGAAAGACGGAUCAGGCAAAAGCAGACCUGGCUCGGCUUGCCAUAAUUCGGAAACAGCGGGAAGAAGCUGCACGGAAAAAAGAGGAGGAGAAGAAAGCAAAAGAAGCAGUGGCAGGAGCAGGAAGAGGACUGAAUUCCUUAUCCCUAAAAUAGUGAUGAAUGAACAGGCCAAUGUUCAUGCAGUUGCGGACUGAUGCUGAAUAUGCAUUUCACAAUCUUAACUAUUUUUAAAGAAAAAACAAGGCUAUCCACUCUAGUAUAUGAAUGUUACAGUAUAUGUAAGAUAUUUAAAGAAAAAUGAUUGUAAGAAACAAAACUGUUUGUUACAAACCUUUCUGUUACUGCACUUUUACUAAGGUUGCUAACUUAUACCCUGUUUCAUUGAAACACUGCAUCAAUAGUACUGUUAUUGGUGUAUUUAAACCAAGAGCUACUUUGCCUGUAUCAUAGGUUCAUGUAAUUUCUACUUAUACUGAGGAAAUCAUGGUUACAUUUAUCUUUGACAUCUCACCAAUGCUCUGUGGAACGUACUAAAACAUUGGACACUCCAAAAUGAUGUAUGACAAUGAAAAAAAAUAUAUAUAUGUUGAAGUGAGGGGCAAAUAAAUGUUGCUCUGAGUUUUAAUGGGUUUGUAGUUCGAUGACAGCAGUUAAAAAUUAAGUAGAAUAACAGUUGCUACAGUUUAAUUAUAUGUUUGAUGAAAUCAGAGACAAAUAGGUGUUAUCAGGUAGGUAAUCAAGCUUUGAGGAUGUGUCCUCACUUUGUAGUCCACUAUUGACUUCUGUGGGUGAUUCUCAUUUCCCUUAUUUGUCAGUCCUCCCUGCCUUCCUUCCUUACGCCCUAGCCUCUCCCUCUAAUACACAUGUGAAGGAAAUGAGGAAGGAAGGACAGACAUACAUGAGAAAUGAAAUGUGCCCACUCACGCAAAUACUGAUGACACAGCAACACCUGUUGCUAUAUAAAGGUACAGUGUGUAGGAUUUAGUGGCAUCUAGUGGUGAAGUUGCUGAAUUGCAAACCACUGAAUACCCCUCUCGUUACAAGCAUGUACGAGAAGCUAUGGUGGCUCAAGUGCCACAAAAAUAUGAAAGGCCGUCUCUAGAGUCUUUGUUUUGGUUUCUCUGGUCUGGGCUACUGUAAAAACAUAGCGGACUCUGUGGGAGAGGACCAGCUCCCUCUGGAAAUAUAAAGGAGUCAUUCUAAGCUAAUGAAAACAACAAUUUGUAGUUACAGGUAUUAAUGAAAACAUAAUUACGAUUACUUAUUCCAUUUCUGCUAAUAGAUCCCCCUAAAUACUCCACACUGCACCUUUAACAUACCUGGUAUAUACAGCAUAUAAGAAAUUAAGGACUUUAUGAUCCAUCAAAACAUUAAUUCUACUGCAUGUAAUUGUCAUUAGAGAGGCAACAAAUUACAAUGGGGAUUGUUGUCAUGAGUUGUAAUUACAUUGACACAGGUCUACAUUUAAUUUCAUUAUUAAUCAUUAUUUUCUUUGUCUAUUAUGCCAAAUCCUUACAUCACAAGGUAUAAGGUUAAAUGUGUUAUUACAUGAAUUUCAACCAGCACAGUAGAAAAUAAGUUAUUAUAGUGCAACAGAAAGACACGAUUGCACACCAGCAAGUAUUAUUCAUAUAACCCAACCUUUUAAAAACAGUGUGUUAAGUGUGUGAAAAUAAAUUAUUUUAACAGCUGUUCAAAGAGAAUAGAGAAUUCUCCAUGAACAAAUCCUGCUCACAAGUUGUGGUAUAUUGCUGUUCUCAUGAAUGUAUUUUUUUAAACACGAAUCAUCGAUGUUUCAUUAAAGUUGAUAUAUUUUACGACAA